UCCAUGUUUAUGCAACUUUCUGUGACAUAAAUAUGUGUUGUAGAUGAUAUUACUAGAAGGUGCAAAAGCCACAACUGAGACUGUAGAUGCACUGAGGACCGGGGCAGCUGCAAUGAAAGCAAUGCAGAAAGCAACGAACAUUGAUGAUGUGGACAAAACAAUGGAUGAGAUCAAUGAACAAACUGAGAACAUGAAACAGAUCCAAGAAGCACUAUCAAAUCCAAUUGGUGCUGCAGCCGAUUUUGAUGAGGAUGAACUGGAAGCGGAACUUGAAGAGCUAGAAAGUGCCGAGUUGGAAGAACAACUUCUUCAACCUGCAACAACAGCUCCUGCUGCUCCAAUUCCAGUCCCUGCAGGUCGACAAACUGCUCGACCCGCUCCUCAGAAACGAACUGCUGAAGAAGAUGAGCUGGCAGCUCUACAGGCUGAGAUGGCACUUUGAUGCGACAUCCAACAAUAUUCCAAAGCAGGUGGCGUUGCAGGACGAGAAUUCGAAGGAGAGGCGAUAUGAAGAAUUGGCUAUGAGGUUGUUCCGAAGAAUUGAACAUUUUUUGCUAUGUUCUCAACAAAGCCUGAUGAAAGGUCUGUUUGUGAUAAUAUCAGACAAUAAUGCAAAUUUGAAUUAGGUCUUGUAUACUCUGUAAAUGAAUAUGAUAACAUUAUUGUGGUUAGUAAUGACCUAAUAUGGAGCUAAUGUGUAAGUGUCUCAAUUACACGAAUGCUGUGUGUUCAAUUUGAGUUGGUUAUUUGAAAAUCCAUGCUCAAUUUUAGCGUUUUAAAAGAUAAGGGCAUUGGGUUUGGUUCCUAAAUUUUAA